GUGAAAAUGGCUGCUCUCCGUUUGGUCUGCCUUGCCGUUGUCUUGGCUCUAGGACUUGUCCAUGCCUUGGACAUUCCGAAAAUUAAGGAUGUGCCAGUUUUGGUCAAGACCCUUAAUAACCUGAACCGUGGACCACCUAAGCAGGUGAUGACCAAGCGCGUCAAUGUUGAGGAGAAAUGGAUCACCCAGAAAUUGGAUAACUUUGACGAGAGCAACACGGAAACAUAUCAAAUGCGUUAUUUGGUUAACGAUGAGUUCCUAACUGAGGGAAGUCCCAUUUUCAUUUACUUGGGUGGCGAAUGGGAGAUCGAGCAGAGCAUGGUCAGCGCUGGUCAUUGGUAUGAUAUGGCCUCGGAACACAAGGGUGUUCUUGUCUACACCGAACAUCGUUACUAUGGUCAAAGUAUACCCACUUCUACCAUGUCCACGGAAAACCUUAAGUAUCUGGAUGUAAAGCAAGCUUUGGCUGAUGUGGCCAAAUUCAUUGAGACCUUCAAGGCGGAGAAUUCCCAGCUGGCCAACUCCAAGGUAAUCCUGGCUGGAGGUUCCUACUCCGCUACCAUGGUCGUGUGGUUCAAGCGUCUGUAUCCUGAAUUGAUCGUCGGUGGCUGGGCCUCCAGUGCUCCUCUUCUGGCCAAGGUUGAUUUCACCGAGUACAAGGAAGUGGUGGGACAGGCUUUCCUUCAGUUGGGAGGACAGCAGUGCUACAACAGGAUUGAGAACGGAAUCGCGGAGUUGGAGUCUCUGUUUGCCAACAAGCGUGGAGCUGAAGCCAGGGCCAUGCUGCGUCUGUGCAAUAGUUUCGACGAUCAGAACGAUCUUGAUUUGUGGUCUCUGUUCAGUAGUAUCUCAAAUGUGUUUGCUGGCGUGGCGCAAUACCAAAGCUCCGGCGAUAUUGAGUACUACUGCGACUAUCUAUUGAGCUUCCGCGAUGAUGCCACGGCUAUUUCUAACUUUGUUUACUGGGCCUGGGGAAUGCCCACCUGUAUUGAUCCGUCCUAUUCCAGCACUGUUGAGUAUUAUCUGUGGGGAGUGGAAAACUUUGGAGCUAGUCGUCCUUGGUACUAUCAGACUUGCAAUGAGUACGGAUGGUACCAGAGUUCUGGCUCCAGGAAUCAACCAUUCGGCACCAAAUUCCCUGCCACUCUCUACACAACCCUUUGCGGCGAUGUCUUCAGUUCCCAUUAUGGAAAUGAACAGAUCAACAACAAUGCAGCCCAGACCAACGAGUACUUUGGUGGCAUGGAGCCUGGAGUGGAGAAUGUCUACAUGACCCACGGAGCUCUAGAUCCAUGGAAUCCCAUGGGUCACGGAGUGGAGCAGGGAGCAACUCUUAUUGCCAAUGCCUCGCAUUGUUCCGAUUUCGGAUCAAUUAGAGCCACGGACUCCGCUGAAAUGCGUGCCUCCAAGGAAAAACUUGCUGAAUUGGUUCGCCAGUGGUUGGCUUAAGUUGCUAACCAAAAGUUGUUCAUAUUUGAUAUUAUUUAAUAUAAUAAAUGAGUCAAAAACUCAAAAAA